GGAGUAGUCGAAUGAUUCAAGAUGGCGGCGAGCAGGAGACUGCACAAGGAGCUUGAAGAAAUUCGCAAAUCUGGAAUGAGAAACUUCCGGAACAUUCAGGUCGAUGAAUCGAAUAUCCUGACAUGGCAAGGCCUCAUUGUUCCAGAUAACCCUCCAUAUGACAAAGGGGCAUUCAGGAUUGAGAUCAUUUUCCCUGCAGAAUACCCUUUCAAACCCCCGAAGAUCACGUUCAAGACAAAGAUCUACCACCCCAACAUUGACGAGAAAGGGCAGGUCUGUCUGCCUGUAAUUAGUGCAGAGAACUGGAAACCGGCCACCAAAACUGACCAAGUUAUUCAGUCACUCAUCGCGCUGGUGAAUGACCCACAGCCAGAACAUCCCCUGAGGGCCGACUUAGCAGAAGAAUACUCAAAGGACCGUAAAAAAUUCUUUAAAAACGCAGAAGAGUUUACAAAGAAACACGGUGAAAAGCGGCCAGUGGACUAAUGACACCUGACAAGUGUGUAGCUCCACUUCUCCCAAACAUAAAUCCUCCUCUUACACCUUCCUCUUUCCUCACUUUCUUCCUUCUUGUCUUUCUCAAUACACGUAUCAUUCUAGUCGAGCUGGAGAAUCGCACCGCCGCUGCAGCCUCCGUCGUAAAGCGGGACUCCGUGUGGAUCCGUCACCAGUCUCUCUGCCUGGUGUUAGCUUGAAGCCGUUAGGAAAACUCUGGUUUUGGUCCUUUUUUUUUUUUUUUUUUUGUUAAGGAAAAUACAGGAAAUUUGUAACGUGGUAUCUCAGUAUUGAGUGCUGUGUGAAAUGAUCUUCACAUCAAUAUGUACUUCUUUAAUCUGGAAUAAGGUUUAACAGUUAAUUCGAAAAUAAUUCUAUAAAAAACGUUCAAUGUAAUUUAUCUUCUGUAAUAUUUUGUUGUACCCAUUUCACACAUUUAUGUUCUAUGAUUUCCACACAAAAAAAAACCUCCCAGAAGGUUUUUGAUGUUUAAACCAAUGAAUGAGGUGAUGGAGGUUACACAUCUUGACCCUGGAGUGAGGAGUGUGCUGGUAAUAUUUCAUCUGAUCUUUUUUUUUUUCCUUAUUUUCCACUUAUUGAGUUGCACUGUGUUCUGCCGGACGGCGUCCUAUCCGCUCCUAACACACCAUAGAUUUGCAGAUGCACUGACGAGUCGACAACAACAAAACCUAGACACUGAUAUUGUUAUCAUCAUGUACUUUUCCUCACUUGAAGAAAGGAAGGAAUACAAUUCUUGUGAAUCGAAGUUUUAUGGUGAUAUCUAAUUUUAAAAACACCCUUUAUUUUAAACGUUUCACAGAGAGACCUUGUGGUUUGUUCAUUAUUUGGGAUUAGGGUAUCAAAGGAAAAUGGUGCCUCCAAACUGAGAGCGUUUAUUUUUGUUUAUUCCAAAUAAAGAUUAGUCGGCACCUCUUUAGAAUCGUAUUUGCAUUAUCAUUCUGUUGUGGUUCAUCUCUCCUUCCACAUUUCUAGCCAAGAAACUGUAUAUUACACUCCAUAGAUGUUGAUAAGGUGUGUUUAGGCACCUUUUUAUUCAUAGAGGCCUUUUAAGGAAAAAUAUUGGUGGUUGAUGUGUUUGGAAAUAUAAUCUCUUGUCCCUUUAAGUCACUUAUCCCCUUUCACACAGUAAGUAACAUCAGCUGUAUUAAAUGAUAUCCAUACAUUCAGUCUUUUACAGCCACUAUAUAUUUUGUGUGUGGAAAUAGAUUAAACUGGCACAGUCAUGGGAAUGACGUUAUAUACUCAUGUAGCGGCUGACUGAUUGGUCACUCUUGAGUGUGCUGACUGUCUGAUUGGUCAAUGGUUUCCUAAUAAAUCCAGCUAACUAACAAGA